AUGGCAAAGAUAAUUGAUUUACGAAAGUCCCUUUUCAAAAGGAUACUUGCUUUUUGCAAGAACAUCAACAAAAAUACCCAAAUUUUUUACACAAAUUUAAUUUUUUACAAUUUUGACAAUGAUUUGAUUUUUAGUUUAAUCAAAAUAUAUAGGAAAAUAUUAAAAAAAUAUGAAAAAAAAAAGAAAAAAUACUUGUAUAAUAUUAAUGAAAAUAUGGAAAAUGGUAGCAAUUAUAAGGAUGACCACUUUGUGAUUUUUAGUUAUGUAAUGUUUUCAUAUUUAAAUUUUCUUCUUUCUGAAUUGGAUCAAAAUCAUUCAGACAUUUUUGAACUAUGUCAUGACUUCAAUACAAAAAAUGUUUUAAUAAAUAUAAAAAAAGAAAGGGGAAAAAAAAAAAACACUUUUCUUAAUAUAAAAAAAUUAUUAUGGAAUAAUUAUUCUGGUACAAAGCUUGGUGAUAUUAUUACUAAUGACAGUAAAAAUGAAAUUAACUGUGAUAUGUAUUUUAUGGGAAAGGAUACAAAAAAAUAUAUUUCACCAAAUUAUAACACAAAUAACAGUACUAUAAUAAAACAAAAUUAUGUCCAAACUGAUAAUUAUUACAAUAUUGAUGAAUUUGAUAAAAAAAAUAUGUAUAGUAAUAUAAAUAUCAAUUAUGAUCAUAAAAUAGACAAAAAAAAUAACAACAAUUAUAUCUCCAAAUCUGUUCAUAUUCAUCAAAUUCCAAAUUGUAAUGAUUAUAACUGUUCUCAAAAUACACAUUUAAAAGUUUAUCCUAUGAAUGAGAAUAAUGAUGAAGUCAUUUUAUGGUCUAAUGUAUCAACAUAUUUAAAAGAACAAAAAAUUAUUACCAAUUUGAAAAGCUUAUAUACAAAUAUGUACUAUUGGGCAUGUCUUAGUUGGCUGAAUAUAAAAUGUAAAAGGUUAAAUAAUAUAUAUGAAGGAAAUAUGCUAUAUAUAGAUAUUUAUAAAAAUAUAUAUAAUUUAUAUAAACAUAUGAAUAAUAUGUAUAGUAAUCAUAUUAAUAUGAUGAUAAAAAAAAAAGAACAACUAUCUAUUACUCAUAAUAAUGAAAUGGAAAAUAUUAUAAAUGAAAAUAAAAUAAAUAAAAAAAAUACAAAUUUUCAACAAACAAUUAAUGAUAUGGUUUAUAAGCAUAUAGCAGAAAAAAAAGCUCUAAAUAGACAUAUAGAACAUGAACUAAAUAUUAUGAAACGUAUUAAUCUUAAAGAAUAUAAAAGAAAUAUUUUAUACAUUUUUUAUAUUAUUGAAAAUAAAAAUACCACAUUGUCAUUACCCCCUUUACCUAUUGAAAAGGGGAAAGAAAAUAAUAAUGAAAAAAAUAAUAAUAUUUACAAGAAACAAAAUGAUAUAUAUCCUUUGCAACGAUCUUCAAAACCUUUUGCACAUAUGCUUAAAUAUUUUAAUUUUUUUUAUUUGUAUAAAUUAAUUAAGACAAAAAUAAAUGUACAUAGUUAUUUCCAUUUAUAUAUUAAAAAUAAUUUAUAUGACAAAGUAAUGGAUAUUUCAAUAAUUUUUAGUUUGGGAGAAAUUCAUAAUUUGUUUGAAUAUAAUCACAAAAAUAAUAAUGUUACUAUUAGAAAUAAUAAUAAAUUUAAAAAAAAAUUUUAUAAAUUAUUAAAAAAUAUGCAUAGCAAAAAUUAUGUUUAUUCCUAUGAUAAACAUGUAAAACCAUUUACACACUUAUCAAAUAAAUCAAUUAGUGAAAAACAAAAAGGAAAGAAAAAUCUUAUUGUAAAUAAUAUUAACAAAGAUAAAUCAAUCGAAAGCACUUUAAUAAAUAAAAAUAUUGAUAUAAAAGAAGACAAGGAACCAAAUUCUAAUUUCAAAACUACUUAUCUCAGUUCGAAAUAUUUUGAUGAAAAUGGAUAUUUUGUAAAAAAAAAAGUACAAGAAGAUGAAAUACAGAAAUGUAAAAAAGAAACAUCAACAAUUUUAGAACAAAGGCUUGAGAACAAUUUUGAAAGUGAAGAAUAUAGGCAAAAAAACAUUUUUAACAAAAGUUAUUGUAGUACUUACAAAAUUUUAACAGAAAAUUCGAUGCGAUUUUUAAAAAUAAACCCUUCGAAUCCUACAAAUAAGAAUAUGCAUAUCGACAAAUUAACAAUCAAAGAUAAAAAAUUAAAUGCUUUAAUUUUAUAUAUAUAUGAAGAUAUAAAUAAUAAUUCGGAAGAAAUUAUUUAUAAAAACCUAUUUAAUAUCAAUUUAGCAAAACCUGAUUUUGUAUUCCCAAAUAUGAAAGAACAGUUGAAUUUAUUGAAGCAUUUUAGAAAACCAAGAUCACAAAAUGGUCAUACAAAAAACAAAAAAUAUAAUAAUAUAGAAAAAGAAUCACAUCUAAAUGAAAAAUACAAUAAAAUUAAUUAUAUAACAAAAGAUAAAACAUUUUCCUCUUCCUACGGAAACAUUAUUAUUACAAGACAUAAAAACCUUCGAUUAGCAAUGCAUACAUCUGAGAAAAAUGAUGAAAAGAAAAUAAAGAUAAAAAAAAAUAAAGGAUUACAAAAAAUAUCACACACAAAUUUUAAUAAUAUUAGAAAGAUAAAAAAUGACCCAUUUGAUUCAGAAAAAAGUACGAUAAAAAGUGGCAGCGCUAAUUUUAUUAAUAGUAACGAAAUUAGUAGCAACAGUAUUGACAGUAACUAUAUUAACAGUAAUGGGGUCACUAGUAAUGAUAUGAUUAAUAAUGAUAUAAGUAGUAAUAGUGUGAAUAGCAACGGUAAUAGAACAAAUGAGAUAAAAAAAAUAAAUAUUGUAGAUAGUUCAAUUGUAUUCCCUAUACAUGAAAUACUUAAAAAAGGAAAAUAUUAUUCAAUAAGUAAAAAAAAUCAGCAUAAAAAUAAUUCAAAUAUAAAUUAUAAACAUGAAUAUUAUAAAAACGUUUUUUUAAAUAUGACCAACAAAAAAAAAAAAAGUAUUUACAUAAAUAUCAUAUUUCAUGUAGUAAUACCAAAAAAUAUGAAUAGAAAAAGUUUUAAAAUAAUUUUAUAUUCAUUAUUUAAAAUAUUAGAUAUAUGCAAUGUGUAUGGUAUUUCAUCUAUAAAUUGUUCAUUCCCUUAUAUUCAAAAUAUUGUUCAUAAGAAUAAAAGACCUAUUAUUUAUUCGUUUAUAUAUUCACUUAUUUUCACAUUGUUGCAUUAUAUGAAAGAUUCAUAUAAUAAUAGUAAUAAUGUAAAAAUACUGCAUUUCAUUUUUCCAAAUUUAAAAUAUUAUGAAAAAAAAAAACACACAAAAAAUAUUAAUAAUUAUUUAACCACAAAAAGAAAUAGUGAAAUAUUUUCAUAUCACAAAAAUUCAAAAAUGUUAACAAAUAUUAUGGAAAAUAAAGUCGAACAAAAAUAUACCAAUAUCAAAAACGACCUUAAUGAUACUAAUCCACCAAUCCAAACGAAGUCUAAUAUUAAAAUAUUUAUUAAUAAAAUUAUACACACUUUAAGAGAAAAAUAUACUGUAAUUGAAAGUGUGUAA